AUGGGAGCCCGCUGCUCCAAAUUCUCUCUCUGCUGGUUCCAGUCUCACCUGAAACCUUCCGUCCUCGAAACCUCCGAUCUCGAAAAUGGGGGCAAAAGUGACAAAAACGCGUUUCCGAAUUUCACAGACUUCAGUUUCGAACAACUGAAAGCAGCCACGUCUGGGUUCUCUUCGGACAACAUAGUAUCGGAACACGGUGAGAAAGCUCCAAACGUUGUUUACAAAGGGAAACUAGACAAUGACCGUUGGAUCGCCGUUAAACGGUUUAACCGACUCGCCUGGCCUGAUUCUCGCCAAUUCCUCGAGGAAGCGAGAACGGUGGGGAGUUUGAGGAGUGAGAGAUUGGCGAAUUUGAUAGGAUGUUGCUGUGAAGGAGAGGAGAAAUUGCUUGUUGCUGAGUUUAUGCCCCAUGAAACUCUUGCUAAGCAUCUUUUUCACUGGGAGAGCCAGCCCAUGAAAUGGGCAAUGAGGUUGAGGGUAGCACUCUACUUGGCACAAGCUCUGGAAUACUGUAGCAGCAAAGGAAGGGCGUUGUAUCAUGAUCUCAAUGCCUACAGGAUCUUAUUCGAUAAGGAUGGUAAUCCCAGGCUAUCUUGCUUUGGGCUCAUGAAGAAUAGCCGAGAUGGCAAAAGUUACAGUACAAAUUUGGCUUUCACCCCUCCAGAGUACUUGAGAACUGGUAGAGUUACACCAGAAAGUGUAGUUUACAGCUUUGGAACCUUGUUGUUGGAUCUUCUGAGUGGCAAACAUAUUCCUCCAAGUCAUGCACUUGACCUGAUCCGUGGCAAAAAUUUUCUGAUGUUAAUGGAUUCUGCUCUAGAAGGCCAUUUUUCAAAAGAUGAUGGAACGGAGUUGGUUAGAUUAGCUUCCCGUUGUUUGCAGUAUGAAGCUCGUGAAAGACCAAAUGCUAAAUCCCUUGUCACUGCACUUAUAUCACUUCAAAAAGAAACGGAGGUCCCAUCGUAUGUUUUAAUGGGUCUCCAACAAGAAACUGCAGCAUCAACUCAGCCAUUGUCAUUGACACCUUUUGGGGAGGCAUGCUUGAGAAUGGAUCUCACUGCUAUACAUGAAGUACUUGAAAAGAUUGGAUACAAGGAUGAUGAGGGGAUUGCCAAUGAGCUUUCUUUCCAAAUGUGGACUAAUCAAAUGCAAGAGACCUUGAAUUCUAAGAAGCAUGGAGAUACUGCUUUUCGAGCUAAGGAUUUUGCGACUGCCAUUGAUUGCUACACUCAAUUCAUAGAUGGCGGAACCAUGGUGUCACCAACUGUGUAUGCCAGGCGUUGCUUAUCUUACUUGAUGAGUGACAUGCCACAAGAAGCUCUAGGGGAUGCUAUGCAAGCGCAAGUGGUGUCUCCUGAGUGGUCCACUGCCUCGUACCUUCAAGCAGCUUGCCUUUUCAGCCUUGGAAUGGAGACUGAUGCACAAGAAACACUCAAAGAUGGCACAAACUUGGAAGCCAAAAGAAACAAAAACUGA